AUGGCAACAUUACUCUACCCUUCCAAUUCCGGCAUUGCCCUGGAUGGGUCUAUCAACCGUUCUCCGCUACAAACACUGCAGCCAACUACACCGAGUACGGAACUACCAUGGCUGUCCCCUUUCACUCCGUCGCAAUAUGAGAAGGAUGGUCUCCUUAGAACCCCAUUUGAAAAACAGCUUCCCAAGAUGUCCAAUAUUCCAGCUCCAAACCUAGAGCCCGCACAACCAGCACAGCCAGUUCAGCGAACUCGUCGGUCCUCGACGAAGUCCAGAAAACAAAAUGAGGACAUCAGCCCAGAAAGAGCCAAGCACCUUGAGCGGAAUCGCAUUUCCGCCAACAAAUGCCGAAUGAAGAAGAAGAAAGAGCACGCAAGGAUGGAGAGCCUGUUGAGCACCGAAACAGCGAAACGCGAUUCCUUGCUAUCUGAAGUGGGUCUAUUGAAGGAUGAACUGUGGUACCUCAAAAACAUGAUCUUUGAACACGCCCAAUGCGAACAUCAAAGCAUCAACAACCAGCUGGUAAAAAUGACGCAGGCCGUCCUUGAAAGCAGCUCAGGGCAGUUGAAAUGCCCCUCGCCGGCCUUUUCAUCAAGUACGUGGUCCGACGGGUCGGUCCUGGAGGAACCAGGGCAGCCGGAACACCCAGUUACACUUCCAGCAGGUGUUAUUGGAUAUGGGGAAUGUCCUGACACGAUGUUUGAGAGUUUUCUUGAUCUGCCGGCCUUAUAG